AAGGAAAGUUGUUCUGGAAGGAAUGCUGCUAAGUCAUGGGAACUGCUCAUGGAAGGCAGUUUCUGCAGAAUGAAUUAGGGUGAAUGAAAUAGGCUCGAAUCUUCCGAGUGGCUCUUCUGAGGUGCUUCAUCGGUGACGUCACACAGAUUGUCACCGCCCUCAGUCUACUUUAGGCUCUGCUGAGAGUCCAAGAGUCCAGGCAGCCAGGGAGACAGCAGGAGUUGGAGGCUGAAUUGGAGAGAGUAAGGAAGAAGCGUGCCAUAGCCCAGGUGUGUCCUUGACCCCCAUCAGGAGGUGAAGACAAGCCGGAAGGCGAGUCUGCCGGAAGUUGAGGCUGCCGGAAGUCCUCCCCAGCCAGUGUGAGGAUGGAGCGGUCCACCCAGGAGCUGUUCCUCAACUUCACCGUGGUCCUCAUCACUGUCCUCCUCAUGUGGCUCCUUGUGAGGUCCUAUCAGUACUGAGAGGCCAGGAGUUGUUCCCAGGCCUGCCUAGAUGCCCUGGGGGUGCCUCCUGCCUGCCCUGAGAGCCCACAGCUGGCAUGGGGUGUCACUCUUGGCACCCCCAAGCUCCUCUGACCCACACUCACAAUGCCUGACCUAUCCCAGCACUAGGAGUGAUCAUGUGUUCUGUAAAGAUGCUGCUUGCAUGGCCUGCCUGGUGACCAGUGAACACUAGAGCUAGCCCCAACUCCUACUGCCCAUGGGUUAGACAGGCUACAAGGUCAAAGGCAAACUGGAUUCAUGAUGCUGCCACACCAGAACAGUCCCUGAUGUGUCUCAACACACUCUCUCCCCCACAAUCCGCACUGCCUGUAACCAAACUCUCAUUCAACCCGCCAGAAGCAAUGCUAGAGGAAGUCUCUGUUAACUUCUCUAACUCUCAUGUCAAUAAAGUCAACUCAACCCUGAA